GGCAGGGCUCCGCGGAGGCUAGGAGGGGCGCCGGGUGCGGAGAUGCGCUCCCAGGUGUUUGCAGCGGAAGUGGGAAACCUGUAGGUUAUGGUCCAGCCGCGCGGCGCCGAGGCGAGCAGGAGCACAGAACAGAUAUCCAAUUUGGAUCAUUUCUGAAGCUGAAUUCAGAACAAUCUUAAGGAGAGAGGCGUAUUGUGGUAUAACUGUCGCUGCAUUUAUUCAAAUGGACAAUUUGCAAUAAAUACUAUACCCAGCACAACAGAUAACUCAGCAUAUCAGGUGUUUACUAUCCAACUGUCAUAAAGCUAAAGCUUUUUUGAAAAAUCAAAACUAACUUCUGCACCUAAGAUGAAAAUGUGGUUGCUGGUCAGUCACCUUGUGAUAAUAUCUUUUACAACCUGCUUAUCAGAGUUUACAUGGUACAGAAGAUAUGGUCAUGGAGUUUCUGAGGAAGACAAAGGAUUUGGACCAAUUUUCGAAGAGCAGCCAAUCAAUACCAUUUAUCCAGAGGAAUCACCAGAAGGAAAAGUUUCACUAAACUGUAGGGCACGAGCCAGCCCUUUCCCAGUUUACAAAUGGAGAAUGAAUAAUGGGGAUAUUGACCUGACAAGUGAUCGGUACAGUAUGGUAGGAGGAAACCUGGUUAUCAACAACCCUGACAAACAGAAAGAUGCUGGAAUAUAUUACUGUUUGGCAUCAAAUAACUAUGGGAUGGUCAGAAGCACUGAAGCAACCCUGAGCUUUGGAUAUCUUGACCCUUUCCCACCUGAGGAGCGUCCUGAGGUCAGAGUGAAAGAAGGGAAGGGAAUGGUGCUUCUCUGUGAUCCUCCCUACCAUUUUCCAGAUGACCUUAGCUACCGCUGGCUUCUAAAUGAAUUUCCUGUAUUUAUCACAAUGGAUAAACGAAGAUUUGUGUCUCAGACAAAUGGAAAUCUCUACAUUGCAAAUGUCGAGGCAUCAGACAAAGGCAAUUAUUCCUGCUUUGUAUCCAGUCCUUCUAUUACAAAGAGUGUGUUCAGCAAAUUUAUCCCACUCAUUCCACUACCUGAACGAACAACAAAACCAUAUCCUGCUGAUAUCGUAGUUCAGUUCAAGGACAUUUAUGCAUUGAUGGGCCAAAAUGUGACAUUAGAGUGUUUUGCGCUUGGCAAUCCCGUUCCUGAUAUCCGAUGGCGGAAGGUCCUAGAACCAAUGCCAAGUACUGCUGAGAUCAGCACCUCUGGGGCUGUCCUCAAGAUCUUCAAUAUUCAGCUAGAAGAUGAAGGCACAUAUGAAUGUGAGGCUGAGAACAAUAGAGGAAAGGAUAAACACCAGGCAAGAAUUUAUGUUCAAGCGUUUCCUGAGUGGGUAGAACAUAUCAACGACACAGAGGUGGAUAUAGGCAGUGACCUCUAUUGGCCUUGUGUGGCCACAGGGAAGCCCAUCCCUACAAUCCGAUGGCUGAAAAAUGGAUACGCGUAUCAUAAAGGGGAGUUGAGACUGUAUGAUGUGACUUUUGAAAAUGCUGGCAUGUACCAGUGCAUAGCUGAAAACACACAUGGAGCCAUAUAUGCAAAUGCGGAGUUGAAGAUCUUGGCUUUGGCUCCAACUUUUGAAAUGAAUCCUAUGAAGAAAAAGAUCUUAGCUGCUAAGGGAGGAAGGGUCAUAAUUGAAUGCAAACCUAAAGCAGCACCCAAGCCAAAAUUCUCAUGGAGUAAAGGGACAGAGUGGCUCGUCAAUAGCAGCAGAAUACUCAUUUGGGAAGACGGCAGCUUGGAAAUAAAUAACAUUACAAGAAAUGAUGGAGGUAUCUAUACAUGCUUUGCAGAAAAUAACAGAGGGAGGGCUAAUAACACUGGCACUCUUGUUAUUACAGAUCCCACGCGAAUUAUAUUGGCCCCAAUUAAUGCUGAUAUUACUGUUGGAGAAAAUGCUACCAUGCAGUGUGCUGCGUCCUUUGAUCCCGCCCUGGAUCUCACAUUUAUUUGGUCCUUCAAUGGCUAUGUGAUCGAUUUUAACAAAGAGAACAUUCAUUACCAGCGGAAUUUUAUGCUGGAUUCCAAUGGAGAACUGCUCAUCCGAAAUGCCCAGCUGAAGCAUGCUGGGAGAUACACGUGCACUGCUCAGACAAUCGUGGACAAUUCUUCAGCUUCAGCUGAUCUUGUUGUGCGAGGCCCUCCAGGCCCUCCAGGUGGUCUGCGAAUAGAAGACAUUAGAGCCACUUCUGUGGCACUUACUUGGAGCCGUGGUUCAGACAAUCAUAGUCCUAUAUCUAAAUACACUAUUCAGACCAAGACUAUUCUUUCAGAUGACUGGAAAGAUGCAAAGACAGAUCCCCCAAUCAUUGAAGGGAAUAUGGAGGCAGCAAGAGCAGUGGAUUUAAUACCAUGGAUGGAGUAUGAAUUUCGUGUGGUAGCAACCAAUACGUUGGGUAUAGGAGAGCCCAGUAUACCAUCAAACAGAAUUAAAACAGAUGGUGCUGCUCCUAAUGUGGCGCCUUCAGAUGUAGGAGGUGGAGGUGGAAGCAACAGAGAGCUGACCAUAACAUGGGUGCCUUUGUCAAGAGAAUACCACUACGGCAACAAUUUUGGUUACAUAGUGGCAUUUAAGCCUUUUGAUGGGGAAGAAUGGAAAAAAGUUACAGUAACUAAUCCAGAUACUGGCCGCUAUGUCCAUAAAGAUGAGACCAUGCGCCCUUCCACUGCAUUUCAAGUCAAAGUUAAGGCCUUCAACAACAAAGGAGAUGGACCUUACAGCCUCACAGCAGUCAUUAAUUCAGCACAAGACGCUCCCAGUGAAGCCCCAACAGAAGUAGGUGUAAAAGUCUUAUCAUCUUCUGAGAUAUCUGUUCAUUGGGAUCAUGUUGUAGAAAAAAUUGUGGAAAGCUAUCAGAUUCGGUAUUGGGCUGCCCAUGACAAAGAAGCAGCUGCACACAGAGUUCAAGUCACCAGCCAAGAGUACUCGGCCAGGCUGGAGAACCUUCUGCCCGACACCCAGUACUUUGUGGAAGUCAGGGCCUGCAAUAGCGCAGGGUGUGGGCCUCCCAGUGACAUGAUUGAGACCUUCACCAAGAAAGCACCUCCGAGCCAGCCCCCAAGGAUCAUCAGUUCCAUAAGAUCUGGUUCACGCUAUAUAAUCACCUGGGAUCAUGUGGUAGCACUAUCAAAUGAAUCUACAGUGACAGGAUAUAAGGUUCUCUAUAGACCCGAUGGCCAGCAUGAUGGCAAGCUGUAUUCAACUCAUAAACACUCCAUAGAAGUUCCAAUCCCCAGGGAUGGAGAGUAUGUUGUAGAGGUUCGUGCACACAGUGAUGGAGGAGAUGGAGUAGUGUCUCAAGUCAAAAUUUCAGGUGUAUCCACCCUAUCACCAAGCCUUCUUGGCUUACUGCUGCCUGCCCUUGGCAUCCUUGUCUACCUGGAUUUCUGAGUGUGAUGUGACAGCUGCUGCUCCCAGCCCAGUUUAGAGGACACAGAGGACACCUUCAUCCCUAUGAUGAAUAUAAUUCCUUCCAUUUUCUGUGGCUCCACCCUAAGCCAAAUAAAUGAUACUUUAACAAACUCUCCAACUGAUUUACAACACACAUUAUGACUGAGGCAUUCAGGAACCCCUUCGUCCAAAAGAAUAAACUUUUAAAUGGGUAUAAAAUGAUUUUUAACUCGUUCCAAUAUGCCUUAUAAACCACUUAACCUGAUUCUGUGACAGUUGCAUGAUUUAAUCCAAUGGGACAAGUUACAGUGUUCAAUUCAAUACUAUAGGCUGUAGAGUGAAAAGUAAAAUCACCAUACACAGGUGCUUUAAAUUUAAUAACAAGUUGUGAAAUAUAAUAGAGGUUGAAAUGUUGAUUGUAUGUGGUAAAUGUAAGAGUAAAACAGUCUCUUGUACUAUUCUCUGUUUCGGGUCCUGCAUAUUUUCGAAUGGCCCCUAUCAUUCAUGACAUUUUGAGUUUUCUUGAAAAAAAAAAUAGAGUAUAACUGAAACAUUUUGACAUAAAUUCCGUGAGCAACUCAUUUUACUGAAUGAGUUGAAAGAUUCUGAAUAUUGAAAACCAAUUCUAGAAAUUGUUAUCAGUAUUCUUAUUUUGGAAGUAAGUAAUUUUCUAAAUGCUUGAUUUUCAGAAUCAGUAAUAAUUUUACGUUAGAUUUUUAGUGGUAAAGUUAACAUACCAUGGGAAGGUUUUUCUUUACUUUUAUAUGAUAUUCUGAAGAUAUUUUAUGCUUUUCUCAUCAUCAGUUUCAAACCUCAAAAAUCACAGCUCUUCUCUAGAGUAUCAUCAUAUUGCUGUAUUUAUUCAUACAUAGAAUAAUGAAUUUUGAAAAGUAGAAUGCUUUCAUUUUUUAAUUGAGAGGUGACAGUCGUUACACAGCUAGAAAUAAACAAUGUUAAGUGAGUAUAAGUGUGAUCUAAUACUAUUCUAAGGAUCUUUGUUUUUGUGCUCCAUUUCUAAGUAAAAGCUUUCUUUAUUGAAGGUAUCAAGAAAUCACCUAUAGGUUGGAAAAUCUACAAUAUACCUUAUUUUUUUUUAAUUUGCUAGUAAACUCAUUUCCCACUUCAAUGCAAUACUGAAAACUGGCUAAAAAUACCAAAUCAAUAUGUUGCUAAUGGUACUUUGGAAGUAUGCAAACUGGAAGGCCAGGAGGAGACAAAUAAUGUGUCCAAUGGUGUCUCCCAAGUGUUGGUGCUUUAGGUUUUCAUAAGUUGUAAAAAGGAAGAUGCACAUUUCUUCAUUCUCCAUGGUAUGCAAGGAAAUGUGUUUGAGUGUGGAUGUGAGAGAAAUGGAAUAAUAAAGGAUUAGCUGGCUCAUGAAAUAGUGCAAUGUCUGAUGAUUCAGGAGGUAUAAUCCUAUUUUAUUAGCACAACCUUGCUAGCUAAUUAGAGAUAGAGUUUAUCUUUUUAGAAAGGAUACCUUAUAGGUUCAUAAAAAAAUAUUUACAGGCAGCAAAAUAGAACUAUUACUACUUUACCCCCUUUUCUUUAAUUUGUAUAAUUUUUGUACUAUAUAUCUAUGUGUAAAUGUUUAGAGCUUUCAUUACGAAAAUAUCAAUAAAUAUGUCAUUAGUUUACAUUCAACUCUUUGUUAUAAAAUUAAACUUUUUAAUAAUAAGUGAAAUGGAUGAUUUCCCAGUGGAAGUAUGUCAACAGUCUUAAAAUCAUUACCAGAUUUCAUAAAAUACAUAAUUAUUUGAAAAAGAAACAAAAUCUCUUCAUACUUUAGGGAAACGAAUACUGUGUAAGCCUUCUGUACAAAUGUUUGUGUUUUCAUUGUUACACUUUGGGGUUUUCCUUUUGCAACGUGACCCAUGUUGGGCAUUUUUAUAUAAUCGACAACAACUAAAUCUUUUGCCAAAUGCAUGCUCGCCUUUUAUUUCUAAUGUAUUGCAAUAAAGAGCAAAACUGGUUAGAUUUUGCAUGAAAUGGUUCUGAAAGGUAAGAAGAAACAGACUUUGGAGGUUGUUUCAUUUUAAAUUUGUGACAGAGAUAAGGUAGAUUAAAAUCUCUCAUACACUGAUAACUCAAGCUUUUCAUUUCCUCAUACAGUUGUACAAAUUUGACUGGGACCAUCAGUUUUAAACUGUUGUCAAACUAACUAAUGUAUCAUCUGCUUAAGACGCAAGAUUCUUAAUUAAACUUUAUAUAGAUAUAGA